UCACUAGGGGGCGUGCUGUACAUGUUCAUACCUAGCUAAUUGUUUUCUAACAAUCCUUCCCUGCAUCACCAGGACGUGGAGAUGCAGUACUGGACGUGUGGGUACAGAGGACUCUGCAGGCGGUUCUGUUAUGCCCAGGAGUACAUCACUGGGCAUCAUGGUUGCCCUCGAAGAUACAGGUGCUGUGCCAUACGGUCCUAACACUGUACCUGCAAGAAGGAAGACCUUGAUGUCUGACAGACUCGGUUGGUCUUCUGGAUGAAUCCUUUUGACAGUUUUACUUUAGCGCUGCUACUAUAGUGAGUGAUUUGAAGUGGACUUCAGGUAGUUAGACAAACGUAUUGAGAGUGGAACUUUCGUCAACUCUCUGAAAUGCCGUGCUGCUAAUAAACACAUGAAAGUGAAAUGUCUCAUUGGUUACGCUUAUUCUCUAAAGGUGUGCGUC